AUGCUUAAGCAGGUUUUGUUGGGACUCCUCAUAGGAGCAGUGGCGUUUACAGUGGGAAUCCUCCUUGGUCACUUCGCCAUUAACAAGGGCACGUCUGAACCAGAGUGGGUCCACGAUGCAUCCCAGGAUGUGGACGAAGGGAUUAUUACAAAACUACUUGAGGAACUGGACAACAUUCAAAUUCAAGAGAACCUCAGGGAACUGACCAAGGUUCCUCACAUGGCUACAACCCCUGGAGAUGAGGCAACAGUGGAGUUUAUGUUGAAGAGAUGGCGGGACCCAAAAACAGGCUUGGACAAUGCAUGGAGAGAGGACUACAAUGUGUAUCUGUCAUUCCCAAACAAAGCUAACCCUAACAAAGUCACUGUUGUUGAUCCCAGUGACAAGGUUCUGUUCACUGUAAGAGAGAGAGAGAAAGCGUACUACCCAGAGCAGAACGACCCAGAGGUGGUACAGCCUUACGCGGCAUAUUCUCCAGCAGGACACGCCAAGGGAAAGCUUGUGUAUGCAAACCAAGGUAAAAUGAGUGACUACGCGCUGUUAAACGCAACAGUGGAUCUGAGAGGAACCAUCGCCAUCACCAGAUAUGGAGGAGAAGGAAGAUCUGGGAAAGCCAUCAAUGCAGAGAAGUUUGGAGUUGUCGGGGUGCUGGUCUAUACAGAUCCAAAUGACAUAAAUGAUGGCAUCUCAGAUGAAAGUAAAACUUUCCCUCACUCCUGGUAUCUCCCGCCCUCCGGUGUGGAGCGAGGCUCAUACAACAUUGACUUUGGGGACUUGUUGACACCUUAUCUAGCUGCGAAGGAGGACACCUACAGAAUUCCUAAGGAAAAAAUAAGAGGCAUCCCACCAAUUCCGACACAACCAAUAGGGUUUGAGGAUGCCUAUGCAUUAAUCUGUGAGCUUGAUGGGACUGACGCCCCUGAUGCAUGGCAAGGAGGAUUCAACUGCACAUACAAGUUUGGUGGACCAGGGUUCAAAUCCACAUCUCACUUUAACAGCAGCGAUGUGCAGUUGAGCAUUUACAACAGUGAGGAGAUAAAACCUUCAGCGAAUGUUAUGGGAAUAAUUCGAGGCAGUGUGGAGCCAGACAGAUAUGUGAUUUAUGGGAACCACAGAGAUAGCUGGGUGCAUGGAGCCAUUGACCCCAGCAGUGGGACAGCAGUGAUGCUAGAGAUCACCAGAGUGCUGGGGACAAUGGUGAAGGAAGGGAAAUGGAGACCUCGGCGGUCCAUCAUCUUUGGCAGCUGGGGAGCUGAAGAGUUUGGCCUUAUUGGAUCGGCAGAAUACACAGAGGAAUACUUCAGUAAGCUGAGCGAACGCACUGUGGCCUACAUCAACGUGGAUAUCUCAGUGUUCGCUAAUGCCACUCUGAGGGCCUCUGGAUCCCCAUCAACACAGGGUGUGAUGUUUACAGCAUCCAAACAGGUACGGGCACCUGGAACCACAGCAUCGGUCUAUGACAACUGGAUAAAAUAUUACAACCGGUCCAGCCCCAAUUACGGCCUUAUACCAAAUGUGGGGUUCUUGACAGGAGCAGGAAGUGAUUAUGCUCCUUUUAUUCACUACCUAGGAAUAACUUCAAUGGACAUUUCCUAUUACUACGACCGGAGCCAGACAAAAGCGCGCAUCUACCCUGCCUAUCACACGGCUUAUGACACCUUUGAUUAUUCAUCUAAAUACAUUGAUCCAGGCUUCACGAGUCACCAGGCGGUAGCCAGGACAGCAGGGAACGUGCUGGUGAGAUUGGCUGACAGUCUUCUGUUGCCUUUAAACUGCAGUGACUAUGCAGAAAGUCUGGAGCAGUAUCUAGAUGAGGCUGUGAAAGCCUUUGAAGCCAAACUCGCAAAUAAUGGAAUCUCUAUGGAAUCCUUAAAGAACGCCGUGCAGCUAUUCCGCAAAGCAGCCACAAAACUGGACGCUGUGAUCAGGGAUUCUAACCUUGCAAAAGAAACGCCUCUGAAGGCACGCAGAAUUAAUGAUCAGCUCAUGCUGUUGGACAGGGCUUUCCUCGACCCGUUAGCGUUCCCAGAAAAAUACGCUUUCAGGCAUGUCAUAUGGGCCUCGAGGUCAUCAGGGGUGCCCACCUUCCCCGGGCUAGCAGAUGCAGUGGAGAAGGCUGAGAGAACGGGACUGAAAGCAGAUUGGGAACAGGCUCAUAAACAUUUAUCUAUUGUCACACAGGCCAUCGCGGGAGCUGCACAUACGCUGGAUGAUGUCAUUUAA